AUGGAUAAAAUAAAAUUCAAAGUUAAUGGCGAGGAAUAUUCAGUGGGAUGUGACGUGAGUUCAGAUGUGAUGCUGCUGGACUACCUGAGGGAGCACAUUGGUCUCCGCGGCACCAAGUACAUGUGUCGAGAAGGCGGCUGUGGAGGAUGCGUGGUCAGCGCUUGUUCACCUUCCUCAGCACCUUAUGCCAUCAAUUCGUGCCUAAAACCAGUCACAGCAUGCCAUGGUUGGGAGAUCACCACCAUCGAAGGGUUGGGCAAUAGGAAGAAAGGCUACCAUGAGCUUCAGACGACACUGGCGGAGCAAAAUGGUUCCCAAUGUGGGUACUGCUCACCAUCCUGGGUGAUGGCAAUGAACAGUCUCCUACAAGCCAAUCCAAAUAUUACGAUGCUGGAAGUAGAAAAAUCUCUAAGCAGUCAGACUUGCCGCUGCACCGGUUACAGGCCCAUUCUAGAAGCUUUCAAAAGUUUCGCCGCAGAUGCUCCCAGACAAAUUAAACUUAUGGAUAUUGAAGACCUUAAAAUCUGCAGGAAAACUGGAGAAACUUGUAACAAGAGUAACUGUGAUGAUAAUGAAUGGUGCUUUGUAGACCAAGAAGAUGGUAAUGAUGUUAUUGAAAUUCAAUUGAAAGAUGACAGGAUUUGGUUCAGAGUUCAAAAAGUCAAAGAUAUAUUUAAAAUAUUGAAAAGGGAGGGUGAUAGUUCUUAUAUGCUUCUAAGUGGGAACACAGCAAGAGGAGUAUAUCCCAUUGAUGAAUAUCCUCGUGUCAUCGUAGACAUAAGUGGAGUCCAGGAGCUAAAAGGAUACAAACUUGACCAAAACCUGAUAGUGAACGCCGGGACCACACUCACAGAGUUCCUGUCGAUACUGAAGACUGUAGCUAAAGAAGAAUACUUCGGUUACCUGCAGAAAAUUUACGAUCAUAUCGAAAAAGUUGCCCACAUUCCUGUUAGAAAUGUGGCGACGAUUGCAGGCAACCUUAUGAUGAAGAACCAACACAAGGGGUUCCCGUCAGACAUUUUCUUGCUUUUGGAAAUGAUUGGGGCACAAGUCACUAUACAGAAGAGCCUGUUAAUUAAGAAAACGCUAACGAUGCAAGAGUUUCUCAAAGUGAAUAUGACAGGGUCUGUCAUACGUAACGUGAUGUUACCACCUCUCAAUGACAGUCAUCGUAUCUUCACUUAUAAGAUAAUGCCACGGGCUGAGAAUGCUCGCGCUAUGGUCAACUCAGGAUUUUUAUACAAGUUGACAACUGGCAAUGUAGUACAAAGUGCAAGGAUAGUGUUUGGAGGUCUUUCGCCAAAAUUCGUCCGAGCGACUGCCACAGAACAGUUCUUAGCUGGAAAGAAGCUGUUCACUAAUGAGACGCUAACAUCAGCCCUUAAGAUCAUGGAGCAGGAACUGGUGGUUGAAGACAGUCCUCCAGAUCCCUCAGUGGAGUAUAGGAAGAAAGCAGCUUUGGGACUAUUUUACAAAGGUCUUCUAGCGCUCUCACCUGAAACAAAUCUGAAUACUCGCUACAAGUCAGGCGCAACGAACUUACACGAUGAGCGUCCAGUUUCCAGAGCCGCUCAAGUGUUUGAUACCAACACAACAGUCUGGCCCAUUAAUAAACCUAUAACAAAAGUUGAAGCGGUGAUACAAUGUGCAGGCGAAGCUUUUUACACUGAAGAUUUGCCUAAAUAUCCAGAUGAAGUGUUCUGUGCCUUUGCUCUGACUACAGUUGCGCUUGGUGACAUUGUUUCUAUUGAUGCCAGUAAAGCAUUGGAGUACCCUGGAGUAAUAGCUGUCUACACUGCGGAUGACAUACCAGGAAUAAACUCAUUUACUCCACCUGACUCAUUUUUGUAUUCAGCUAACGAAGAAGUAUUAGCCAAGGGUACAGUCAAAUACUAUAAUCAACCAAUGGCCAUAGUGGUAGGUGAGACUCGUUACAUCGCUGACAGAGCUGCUAAAUUAGUAACCGCCACUUAUGCUAAUGUCAAAGAACCACUACUAGACGUGAAGCAGACUAUAAAUAACACUAGUAGAAGUACAAAAUAUACAAAUGUAGCUUCAACAGACACUGGCACAGAUGUGGUAAAAGUAAUAAAAGGAUUUAAUGAGAUACAUGCCCAAUACCAUUACGUCAUGGAAACUGUUACCACUGUUGUGAAGCCAUCAGAUGAAGGGCUGGAUGUAUACUGUUCCACACAGUGGAUGGAAGGUGUGCAAUUGAUGAUAUCGAGAGCUUUGAAUUUGAGUCAAAACCAGGUUGAUGUGCACACCCGUCGUUGUGGAGGAGCAUAUGGAUUGAAACUGUCUCGUAGUACCCAAGGAGCGAUAGCUGCCGCUCUCACAGUACAGAAACUAAAUAGACCAUGUCGAUUUAUUCAGUCGUUGACUACUAACACGAGAGCCUUGGGAAAGAGACUGCCAGCCUGUUCCGAUUUUGAGGCGGGUGUAAACAGCUCCGGAGCCAUACAAUACAUCAAGUACAAAGUAUAUGAAGACAAUGGAUAUAAGACAAACGAACAAUUUACUCAACUUGGUGUGGGCCAAUUUAAUAAUGCUUACAAUAGGGCGCGUUGGGAUUAUACGAGCUUUGAUUCUACUACUGAUUCUGCUAAGAAUACAUGGGCAAGAGCACCAGGGACUUUGGAACACGUUGCAAUGGCGGAAUUGGUGAUGGAACAAAUAGCUUACGAAAUGAAUCUAGAUCCUUUAGAUGUCAGGCUAGCUAAUUUAGAUGCGCAAUACUCAAAUGACAUCAAAGAAAUGGUUGAUUAUAUAAUGAUACAAGCCGAUUAUCCCAAAAGACGUGAAGCAGUCAAUAAAUUCAACACUGAAAACCGAUGGAAGAAACGGGGUCUAAGGUUCGCUCUUUUGCGGUGGACUCCAGUAGGAGGCAUUAACCUUUACAUUAAUUUAUCAGUGUAUCGUGGUGAUGGUUCUGUAGUUAUAACACAUGGUGCCAUAGAAAUGGGACAAGGAAUCAAUACUAAGGCGAUUCAAAUUGCAGCUUACUUGCUAAAUAUUCCUGUUGAGAAAAUUAUAGUGAAGGAGAACAACACAGUAAUUGCACCAAACUGUUCAUUAUCUGGAGGAAGUAUUAUGAAUCAGAAUGUUAUAUUGGGAGUGAAACGAGCUUGCCAGCAACUUCUCGAGAGGUUAAAACCAGUGAGAGAUACCAUGGAUAAUCCCACAUGGGAAGAGCUGAUAACAAAAGCAUAUAACAAUAAUGUAGAUUUGCAAGCUCAUGGAUUUACAAGGACUGAUGAGGAGUAUCCUUUCCCGGUUUACGGAGUAACGUUAGCUGAAGUAGAAGUAGAUAUUUUAACUGGACAGUCUGAGUUAUUGAGGGUAGAUCUCUACGAAGAUGCUGGGCAAAGUAUCAGUCCUGAAAUUGAUAUUGGUCAAGUGGAAGGUGCUUUCAUGAUGGGCGUAGGGUACUGGACUAGUGAGAAACUAAUUUAUUCUUCGACUGGAGAACUCCUUACAGACAGGUCGUGGAACUAUUAUGUACCGCUGUCUAGAGAUAUACCGCGAGAUUGGAGAGUCUACUUUAGGAAGAAUUCUUAUAGUGCAGAUACUGUUUUCGGGUCAAAGUGUAUUGGCGAGCCUCCGAUAUGUAUGGCAGUAGUAGUGGCUUUGGCUAUGCGGGAAGCUAUCGUCGCAGCCAGAUUGGAAGCAGGCAUUCCCACCACACAGUGGUUCCAAGAACAAGGACCUUACACAGUCGAACGAAACUUGCUGUUGUCGUCCACUAAUAUUGCUGAUUUUAAGUUUAAUUGA